AUGAUUACGACUUUUAGGGUAAUAUUGUGACAUAUAGUUUAUUACUAUAGCAGUUUCAGAAGGAUUUGCCUGUUUAAGUUCUUGCUGCAGCCUGUUUUGGAGCUGCUGAGGUGACUUGCUGUUACACAGUAUGUCCAGCAGAGGGAGACAAAAUUCCUGCCAAUCAACACAUCAAUGCAAUCAUAAUAAUAAUAAUAUCACGUCAGUUAGAAUAAUCCGACUGAAUAUUGUCACUAGCAAAAAAGUCAUGAAUAUGAAGUGAAUGAGUAUAAGAAUAGAUCAGCUGGCAAAACAGAGCAUCUUUACCAGCUAUUAUUUCCCAUCAUCCUAAUGACUUGUCUAAAUUGAUCAGUAAUUGUUUCUAAUUGCCUUGCUGUUAUUUUCAGUUUGGAGAUUAGUAUUAGUAUUAGUAGAGGUGAAGUGUGAAGGCGUUUGAGCAGCUCGAGUGUGUGUUUAAACAGCUGAUCAGACUGGAUUUUUCAGCAGGAACCUGAACUCAAGUGAAGGCGUUUAAACCAGAACUACAGUGAUGACGCUUUGGGCUCCGCCCACCUGUGACGCAACAAACCGGUCAAAUGAGCCAGACAGCUUCAGAGGUUCUGAGUGUUUAAGAGUUUGUCGGAUUCAUGCUUUGCACAAGUCUGCAGUACAUUUUUAACUGCCUAUAGCCAUCAAAGAAAUAAUUGAUCUCAUCUCCAGUCAAAAUGGACCCCAAGAAGAAUAAAGUCUUAUCCAAACUGCGAGAUAAAACCAAGCCCCUGUUUAAUGUGAAGAUAGGGAAGAAAGUAAAGAAGACUCCCCUGCAAUACAGGAGGAGCAUUUCAGUACCAGACCUGUCAAGUGAUCAAUCCAUGCCAUCUUUUCUAUACCCUACUGCUCAAUCUUCAAUCCCAGACUCGUUUGUUGAGCCAGCUCAUUCACUUGCUCCUUAUGAAACAAAGUGUGAAACCUCCAGCCUAACCGACAGUCUCACUGUCACAGAUGCAGCAUUAUCUGCUAAAUGCACUGAUCCAUACACUGUUCCAGCCUCCCCACUUUCAAAAAGGGUCCUGGGCCAGCACAAUACUACAGACGCAUCUCUGGAUCAAGUUAUUACCCCAAAUACACCGUCCUCAGCCAGGUCCCUGGACCAAUUUACUGCCCCAUACACACCAUCUUCAGCCAAGGCUCUGGACAACUUGAUGCUUCCAAACACACCACCUACAAUUAUUUGUUCAGCAUCAGACAGGCCAGCAUUUAUCAAUAUACCAGCCACGAAGGAUAAACCAGAGAGGGAAAGAAACACCACAUGGUACAUAGAGGACAGCGAGUCAGCUUGUAGCACACCAUCUGAGGACCGCUCCUACAUCUUCUGCCCUCCUGACCAUGACCUGACAGGGUUAGAGCCUGCUACACCACGGUCCACAGAGAUGUUUAUUAUCGGAUCAGCUGAGGACAACAAUGAAGUUUCCAAUGAGACCAAUGACUAUGACACCAAUUUCUCAGGAACAGAAACGAGAAGCUCAGGAGUGUGCAGUGAAGCCCAGGCUGUUCCAGCAGGUCAGAAGCUCCAUUAUCUCCUCACCAUCAACUUGAGGGAAGGACGGAACCUGGCCAUCAAAGACCGCUCUGGUACCAGUGACCCGUAUGUCAAAUUCAAAAUAGAUGGCAAGACAGUCUACAAAAGCAAGGUUGUGUACAAGAACCUUAAUCCUACAUGGAACGAGUGUUUCUCCAUCCUCAUCAGGGACCUGGAACAGACUGUCUAUGUUAAGGUGUACGACCGGGAUCUGAGAUCUCGGGACUUCAUGGGUUCAAGCGCCAUCACUCUCAGUAACUUGGAGUUGGACAAAACAUCUGAGAUGAUCCUGCGUUUGAAAGACCUUGGCAGUCUGGAAGAGGACAUGGGAGUAAUAAUCUUAGACGCCUGUGUGUCCAUCUGUGAGGGGCCCACCAAACGAAAUAAAUGGCCACUUAGGAGGAAAGGAAGCUUCAAUAAGGGACAGCUCCGAGCGGCUGCCAUGCAGAAAAGCCAAGUGUGGAGUGGAGUAUACACUGUGGUGCUUGUGGAGGGGCAGGACAUGCCUGAAAGCGGCCAAGGGGAUGUCUUUGUCCGCUUCAAAAUGGGGGAACAGAGGUUCCGAAGUAAGUAUCUGUGCAUUAAGACCAAUCCACAGUGGAGGGAGAAGUUCGAAUUCAACCGUUUCGAGGAUGGCCAACCAGAUGUGCUGCUGGUCGAGCUCUACUGCAAGAAGGGCAGAAAGUGUGUGGAAUGCUGGGGAGGGAUUGAACUUGACCUCUCACAGCUGCCAGCCAAUACAAAACAGACAUACAACGUGAUUACAGGCAAAGGUCGGCUGGUGUUUCUGGUCACACACAACCCCUGUCCUGGAGUUUCCAUCUCUGACCUGGGCUCCACAUCCUUAGACAAUCCAUACACCUAUGAAAACACCCUGAAGAAAUAUUGUCUGCAGAAGACGCUGGAUAAUCUACGGGAUGUCGGCUAUCUCCAGGUCAAGGUUUUACGGGCUGCAGACCUUUCAGCUACAGAUCUGAAUGGUAAGAGUGACCCAUUUUGUGUGUUGGAACUUGGGAACAGCAAGCUGCAAAGUCAAACCAUCUAUAAGACCCUCAAUCCAGAAUGGAGAACAGCCUUUACAUUGCCAAUUAAGGACAUCCAUGAUGUCCUAAUCCUGACUGUUUUUGGUGAAGAUGGAGACAAAGCACCAGACUUUCUGGGGAAAGUUGCUAUUCCUUUGCUUACUGUCUCUAAUGGACAACAAAUAACCAGUCCUUUGAAAAAGGACAAUUUGGAAGAUAUGUCGAAAGGAAGCAUUACACUGGAGAUGAAUGUUUUUUACAACCCAGUCAGAGCUGCCAUUCGAACCUUCCGUCCCAAAGAAACAAAGUUUGAGGACAACCCAAAGUUCAACAAAAAGCUGUUAGCACGCCACAUUUCCCGUGUGAGGAGGAUCAGCAUGGCCAUUCUGUAUACGUUGCAGUACAUUAAGAGCUGCUUCCAGUGGGAGAGCACUCAGAGGAGCAUCAUUGCCUUCCUGGUCUUUGUAUUGACAGUGUGGCACUUUGAGCUGUUCAUGUUGCCUCUCUUCCUCCUGCUGCUUAUCGGCUGGAACUAUUUCCACAUCACGCCAGGCGUGGGCAGCCACAGUCAGGACCUGGAGAGCAUCUCUGCUGCAGAGGACGAAGAUGAAGAUGAAAAGGAAUCAGAGAAAAGAGGCCUGAUAGAGAAAAUCCAUAUGGUUCAUGAAAUUGUGCUCACCGUCCAAUGUGUUCUCGAUGAAAUAGCAUCCAUCGGAGAAAGAGUAAAGAACACUUUCAACUGGUCAGUGCCGUUCUUGUCCCUCCUGGCCUGCUUUGUCAUGUUCAUUGCUACAGUUGCACUCUACUACAUCCCUUUGCGCUACAUUGUCUUGUUAUGGGGUGUUAACAAAUUUUCAAAGAAGCUCCGCAACCCGCAUGUCAUUGAAAACAACGAGCUACUGGAUUUUCUCAGCAGAGUUCCAUCUGAUGUUCAAAAAGUGCAGUAUAGCGAGCUGAGAGCGCCUGGCAUCCAGAGUGCACAGAAGAAGAAGCGCUAGUGCUCAUGCGAGUUGUUCUGGAUGAAAGGGCGAGACAGUGGUUGAAAGUGGGCCCCUCCCUUCCUGUAGAAUCAGGUGGAGCCCCCACCCAUCAGACUUAUCUCCUGUGGGGAGGCUAUGAGUGUGUGUGUGUGUGUGUGUGUAUGUGUGAUAGAACAUUAUGUCACUCAGUGAUUUGCAGACCAGCACGUUGGGAUGUAAUUAACAGAGCAUGAUCAUGAUAAAGAAUGUAAAAGCAAAGUAUCCCCAGCCGUGCAGCGAUAAUGCAAAACACAACAAGCAAUUAAUAAAUUAAUUAAUACAACAAUACUAUAAAUUAAUAAGUGACACAAAAUGUCCUGGUGGUAUGUAAAUAAUUUGAGGGUGACAUGUUUUGUUUAUCAUUAAAAGGAGAUGAGGCAUUAAUGCAUUACAGGCAUGAUAAAGUAUCUCCUCAUUUAGACCGUAUACAGCAAACAAUAUUAAUGAAAAAUGCAAUCAGAAAUUGUGAUGCAAACAGUUAUAUUUAUUAAAUGGAAGAAUGCAAAUAUGGCCUUUUGUAAAAUGUUCAAAUUAAUGUGUAUGGAUUACAUGAUUUGUAUUGAUAUUUUUCAUCCUAUAUAUUUUUUAAAAAAAUGUUAUACUUAUAAAGUUAUAAAGCAAACUAAUGAUUUGACUUCUUGAGUAUGUUAUUUUUCACUGCUCACAUCCUCAAUACUACUAUUAACUGUGAAGGAUGUUAUCUGUGUGUAAACACAGCGGCGUGCGGUGAGGCCGUGUGAUUAUCCAGCAUAUCCCUGCUUUACUGGAGGACUCUGGCCUUGACAGAACCACGCUCGCAUCAACACAUCAAAGACCUGCAUGUGUCCAGAGCAGCGGGCUAAUGCACUGCUUUUGUUGUUCUAUCACAAUAACAAGGUCCAGAUGAGAGAGCUCAUCUCUCUCUCUUGCUCUCUCUCUCUCUCUCUCUCUCUCUCUCUCUCGCUCUUUCUAUCUCUCUCACACACAGACACACACACAAACACAGACAGAGACACAGAAAGAGACAUAGAGAGAGUGAAUGCUCUCCAUUGCCUGCACUUAGUCUCUCCCAUUUUCAUUAAAAUCACCUCCAGUGCCUAAUGGCUCUCUAGCAGACCCAUCAGUGUGUAGUGUUGCUCUCUGUGAUGGAGCCCCAAGUACAGUAAAUGGAGCUUCUCUGCCUCAUCAACUUAUUUAUUCAUAUUAUAUACACAUUCCCUUUCUCUCCUCCAUCAGAGGGCCUUUUACAUAAAAAAGCAACAUGUUCAAAGUGUUGCAACUUGAAUCGAGCCAUGGAAAGAAUUCACAUGAUUAUUUUUAUUGAAUGAUGAUCAUUACAUGAAUUACAAUUAUGAGAUCUCUUUUUGGGGUGUCAAUUAAGAACUUUGGCAUGGAUUUCAAUUCCCAUACAUCAUUGGAGGAAUAUUUGGUUUGUCUUUCAGGAAAUUGGAGACAAAGAGAAACUUAAGUCAUUCUCUAUUUCCCCUUUAUAUAGCCUUGUAAAUAAUUAAACAGACUGCUUUGUAAAAAUAGCCAUGCUAGCACACGCACUGGAAAGUUUGUUCCAAAUGGAGCACUGAAUAUUUCCCUCAACUCCUUUCUCUCCUCCACAGUUUGCUUUCUGGUGAAAGAGCAUCGCUCGGUGCAGCGUGAAGAGUUUGAUUGGCCUCGGGGGAGCCGUCAGAGCCCCAGGCUAUCUCUCUCUCUCUCUUUUUGACAGUCUGAUAGAGACAUCACAGUACUCUCCCAGGAGCUGCCACCAGGGGUCCGUUUCAGAGUGAGGGGGAGUGGAGGUGAGCCGAGAGGAAUCCCACACACACACACACACACACACACACACACACCACACUCCACCACAGAGAGAGAGAGAGCAAUUCACUAAAACACACCCGAUCAUCCGACUGCAAUAGGUGCUUGCAGAAAACCACUAGGCACUGGGUUUGGAAAAACUUGAAAGGAUGGUUUUAAGUGUGUGUGAAGUGUUUUGGCUGUAGGUGUGAUUUCUUUAAAACAUGACUAUUUUGAAGUGAAAUGCAUCCAAUUAUAGUUCCAAUAAAAUAAGGAUCAAAGAAGUACCAUGGUUAUCAAUUAAAGUGUCAUUAAAUUGGAUUCACACACAAAUGUUUUAUUCUAAAUAUCUUAUUAAAUAAUGUGAUAAUCUGCACUGUUCAUAAUUUUAUCCCAAGCAGAUGAAGCUGUCAUCAGUGUGUAUGUCAGUAAAAUAGAAAGAAAUAUCUUCUGCUGAACCAAAACUUCUUCCUUAGCUGUCAAGUUAGCUUAUGCCGGUUGUAUAUACAUUACUUCUUCUGUACACUCAAUGACAGGAGACAAAGGAUUUGGGGAAAUGUUCUUGCAGCAGCAGCAGCACCCGCUUUAUGCUCAUAAUCAUAUUCAAGAAAUUAUUUAUCAAUUUACUUUGCAUCCCCUGGGAUAUGGAACCCAGAUUUCGACAGAAGACUAAACAGGCAAUAUGGUCCCUGAAAGCAUUUCAAGUCCCUCGAUGUUUCACAAGCUUGUUAAUGAACAUUUCAUCGGCACAGCAGUUAACACUGCUUGUAUCGUCUCUCUCGUCCUCAUUGUCAUCGUGCUCUGCGUGCUACUGAUGUCUUCAUCAGCCUGUCAGAAAGGAUGCGCCUGCAGCUGUGGCAUGUCCCUCAAGAGCCUGUCGUUUCCAUGGUAGUCCUUCAGGCAGCACCACGGGCAGGCUGUGUGCAAGGACCCCUACAACCUGUUUUCUUCCUCUCUCCUUUUUUUAAAGUCAUUUCUCUGAUUUGCAGCCCUGAAGCAGGAAUCAAACUCGCCUCCACCAAACAGACGGGGAGAGAGAGAGAAACUGCUGCAUGACAUCCUUUGCUGCUGGGCAGCUUUCUUUUCCUUCCAGGAGUGAUGCCAGUCUGAUGCCAGCCUCAUUUUAAUAAGCUCGCGCCUGUUCAGCACCUCUUCCUCCAUUACUGCUGUGUGACUGCUUUCAUUAAGGCCACAGACCUGUAUUCCAGACAAAGUAGCAGGAGGCAAAUGCUUCCUGUUCACUUACAGGUGUCACAUCAUUUUGGGUUUCAUCUAUUUCUCUUCGGUAGCUAGUGCAAAUAAACAGAGAUUAGAGCACAGAGGCUUGGUUAGGGACGACCAUGCGGGAGAACUGUGACACCAAUAAAGCGCAGUGCUUGCCUAAAAUCAGUCGCUAACGAGAUCCAAAUGGCAGCCUGGAUUGGAUUUGCAACACUCUGGGAUUGUGGUGGCAGCAUAGCGAGUAUCACCUGAGGACCUUAAACCUACACGCUGAGAGUGCAGCUAAUAACACCGAUCGAAAGGCACUUUUUUUCUCUCUGUGCAGUUGUUGAAUAGAAAGGCCUACGGAAUAGCACUCCAAAGUCUCUAGAAUAAACAACAGUACUAUAUUUUCUUUCUUUCUUUCUGUUGCCGCACGCAGAUGAGGUAGAAUCCUCAUCUAGAAUAGAAUAAAUAAAGAAUACAGGUAAAGAUCACCACAGAGCAGCAAAGUUAAAAUGUUAAUGAAGUGACGAGAAAUUGAGAUUGUAUUCAAAUUUUUUACAAAACUCAUAUCACACUCAUUGACACAGAGCCAUAUUUUCCUGUGGACUGUGGAGCAUUUAAGACUUAAACUGAACCAGUGGCCUUUAAAAUCUCUACGAAUGUGCCACAUAAAUAAAUAUUUCCAAUUUGGCUUCAAUACUAUUCUCUACUAUUCUGAACAGCUGUGAUCACGGCCAGUCUCAGAGGCAUCAGUGAGGACCAGCAGCGUUUUAAUGUGUUUGCGUAUGUGUGUGUGUGUGUGAGAGAGGGCAGACAGGUGUGUAUGUGCAGCCCUGUGAGGGCGAGAGUUCUCUGUGUUACAGGUGCAGGCCUGACAGGCUUGGCUUCAGGAUCAGAAAGGCCAGGAUAAGAUGAAAGGAGGGAGUGGAGACCGACUGACCGUUUCGGGAGCAAUGUCAUGACUUCCAAAUGGCCAUGCCAGACAAGCUCAGCACACAGAUAAGAAAUUGCACAGAGAUGUUCUUUCUUGUACUCUAUUUCUUUCUGAUCCUGUUUUAUCAGUCAAGGGAAAUUUCCCAUGUUAAAGAAUGUUAAUAGGAAAAGAUGAUCCUCCUUUGACACAAAAUAACAAUUUGAAAAAAAAAAUUGCUUGAUAAAUAUAGCAACAGUUCCUCUUUUCCCAUAUUCUUUCAUUCUAUGCCUUCGGCUGAAUUGCCUUGUGUACCCUUGAGGAAGCACCUUGAGAGUCUUUCAGAAGCAACAGCAUUGAGAUGGAGAUAGAAACAUGGUGUAGAAAAAGGAGUGUAAAACCUUUGUUAACUAUCAAUUGUUGCCUUAAAUGGUCUGCGUUUAGCAGGCGCACACUCUGUCAGACAACAAUACAGAGUAUAAUUUAAUAGCAUAUUUCAUUUUAAUUAACAGUGAUAUAACACGGUGCGACUCGCAGCCUCCUGAGACCAGAGCACAAUAUUUGGUUUGAUGAAUCUGGCAGAGCCGCACUCCGUCCCUGCUCUUGCCCCUGGGAUUCAGGUAUCAUUAGAGACGCAUACAGAUCUGCUUUUUGUCUCGCAGAAAAAGAGAUUAAAAAAACUGAAUUUGCCACAGUGAGUGGGUGACUGGAGAAGUGUUCAAUAUUAAUGGCCUUUCAUCAAGGACACAAUUAGGACACCUUUAUUUGACACAUUCCAUAGUAUGCGAAUGAAUAUGUAUAGUGUCCUGGAAUAAGCAACAGCCGAAAAAAGACAAUAAGCAGCUGAUAUAUUUUGAAUUGCAAGACCAUUAAAACUCAUCAUGAGCCAAACCCAUAUUAAACAGCCCAGGGCAAGUAGUACGCAAACAUGAAUUAUCAUAUGCAUAUACAGAUAUUAUACAGAAAUAAAGAAAUUUCCUCAGCCUGUUCUCUUGAAGAAAUAAGCAUACAUAAAAACGUGUGGUGUAUGCAUACACAGAAAGCUCGUCAGGAAAUGGCCCUCCUUAUUUAAAUCUUUGCAUGUUUGUGUUUCUAAACGCACUCAUAAUAUGCAUGUUCUAUUAUCUACUUCAUUAUGGUCAGAGAUGUCACUGCAUUAUGUUAGUCUUCAGUCUUUGACACAUAGUUGGAGGAUCAGAGUCGUCAUCGUCUGUUGCCACUGAUAACGCAGGCAUGCUCAGGGCCUAGUUAGUCUCCAUCACUCUCAUUAACAAGGCCUGCUAAUUAUGGCCUGUGUGAACUCUCCUCAAGAUCCAAAGCAUGCCACUGCGCACGUCCUAAAUGAACAUACCAGUGAUUCGUGGAAAGAUAUAAUUGCAUGAAAAAGCUCCAGACUCAGAUUAAUUAGAUAUGGUCGUGCAGUGUAACCACUUUGCUCUAUGAUCAUGGUUUAAAGCACCCGGUGGCAGCGAAUGCUAAAGCACUGUUUGUUUUACUUGUGAGUCUGCAAUGUCAGCCACCAGGGUCCAAUUAGCCAGUGACUGAAGCCGGCAUUAGAUCCUCCUCUUUAGCUUUGACAGCGCUGAGAGGCCCACGUGGUCACGUCCCCCCACUGACUGCUGUGCUACAAACUCAACUCAAAUGUUACACAAAGUCAUAUGAAAGAAUGAGAGGCUGACAGGUAGAGCAGUGUGUUCACAUCUUUUUUGCAUUAUGUUUUGAUUCCUGAAUCUGAUAUAAUAACGACUAGAUAAAACCUGGCAAAUCUCUUAACACCAAUCUACAAGGCAAAUUUAUCCACGCUUUUAGUGCAGUUUACAGUGUCAAACACAUCAACCAAUCAUCAGUCUGUUUCACUCCAAACAUCAAAAUUUGUGCUAAUUAUUUUAGAAAAAAAAACGAAGAAGCAUCCAUUUUACAUCUCUCAUCAUAAUUAAAAGCAGUGAUAUUCCUCAUCUUUGGUAAAAAAUACACAUGUAUAGUGAAACGUUGAACCAUUUGGCCAAAAAUGAUACAGUUCCAGUUACCACAGGCUAUACACUACUAAUAGUCUUAAAACUCCACCACGUCAAGUUAAGACAUAACACAUAUUCCUGCACAAAACAAGAAUAGUGGAAUGUCCACGGGUCUUUAGGCAGCCAGCAAGAGACCAAUUAGCAAGUACUUUGAGUGUGAAGGAGAGGUGUGUGUGUGUGCGAAGGAGGGGGUAGGCUGAUGAUGAUGGCAGGAGGAGGAGGAGGAGGAGUCUGGGUGUCAGACACACAGAGAAACAAAGGCAUCAUCUUUCCAUGCAUGCCCUCCUCGCCCCUCUCCUGCACUGCACCAAUUACUGUCUGCUCAGUUUGGGUAUCAGUAUGCAGGCGGCCUCGCUCUUCCCGGCUCUCGCCUCAGGCCAUUGAAUAUGUUAGCUCCGCUAUGGGGCCCCGGGCUUCAGGGCACUGUGCCCCCUAACCCUCUGGAUAAUUUGGGAUUCCUUCCCCCAAGCUAAGGGAAAGACAGAGAGAGAGAGGAUGAACAUAGAGCCACGUACAAAUCAAGAAAUAAGGCCUAACCAGCCACCUACCCUGGGAUCCACUGAUUUAUUGAUUUGUUCUGUCUUUCAUUUGAUGUUAUUUGUAAAUUGAUAUCGAGCUUCUUAUGGUCCUCCAUGGCUUCAACUUUUAACUAACACAACUGACACAGGUAGACACUGCAUAAUAACUAUCCUCUAAAGUGUGCUCUAUGGAUUAAGAAGGAAAAAAAAUGUCAUCCUUAAAGGCUGAAAAGCUGAAUAACUGAUGUAAGCUAAGAUGGCAUUGCAUGGCGAAAUGUCAUGAGGACAUUUAAAAUUCUCUGUAGCAACUCUCAACUGAGACUUCAUUCAGUAAAAGCUCGAAGGAGAAAAAAUUUCCAACUUCCAGACAUUAUCACUUGAAUACAAGGCAGCAAGACGGAAUCAGAUUUUCAUGUUCUUGAUGUGAAAGUCUAACAUCCAUAACGUGUAUCUUAACUGCUGAGGUAGGAUUCGAUUAGGUAUCUGUAGUAAGCGAUUAAUUCGUAUCAUAUGAUAUGAUUACCAUUGGCACACGAUACAAGAAAAACACUAUAGCAGCAUUAAAAUGACUUGGUUUCAUAGCUUUAUCUUCAUAAAUGCAUUGCCAUCCAAACAUAUCCAUGGCUCUUGCCACCAGACCAGCAGUGGCCAGAAGUGUAAGAAGAGAUUUUUCCACUCCAGUUUGCCGAUUUCCACCCGAGCAAUGGCUCGAAGAAGGAAGAAAAGAAUGAAACAGCUUUGUGCUCACUCUUAGAUUAAAUGUGCCUUAAAUGUGCCCAAAACAUGUAUUUAUGAGCUCCUGACAUUAAUGUUUCUUUAAUAUGCCUCUGUUUUCCCCACAAAUCAGCUGGAGUAACUGAUUAUUACGUUAGUUAAUGUAGCGGUGAAUUAAUUAUCAAAAGUGUCAGUCUUUGCUGGAAAAAAAAAAAAAAAUAGCCACAAGAAAAGCAAAGGUAGACACUGACUGUAUUAAAGCCACAGGGAGGAAGUGCUCUUGCUCUAAUGCUGUUACUGCAGGGUUUUGAGUCUUGUCUGGCAAACUAGGAAAGUCUCAAAUCAGGUAUUCUUCAUCACAGUUCUUCAUCACAUUUAAUUGAUGAGGUAAGGUGAGAUGAGAUAAUGUGCACCAUAUGAUUAGAUGUCUCACAUGAUGUGAUUUGUGAUGGCACACUAUACAUAAAAACAGUUUAAAAUAAACUCUCCGGUAUGAAAAUGUCUCAAUUUCAUACCUAUACUUUCACAAAUGUAAUAAUAGAUGCCAGGCAGGUGGCAUACAGUAAUAAUCUUUCAAUGCACAAUUCUUACCAAGGGACAAUUUCUUUAUUUCACUUUUCAGCAACAACUGCUCUUGGAAGCAAUCACAACCUGUGCAAAAUUUCUGCAUGUGCAGUUUUAAAGUUUGAGUCCUGCUAAAUCUCUUUCAGCCAAGUCACUACAAAUUAUGGCAAAUUUGUACAAUAUGUAGGCCUGCUAGGGAAUAAAAAGUGUAUAACAAAGUAAUGACGCAUACUUUAGGCAGAAGUACAAUUCUGCUUACCCGUGUGGUUCCGACAUAUUAUAUCAGGAUGUCUCGGACAGCAUUCACACUUCUAUUAUGCUAAUUUGCUUUGUAAAUAUAUCAGAAAAUAAUAUGGUUUUCAGACAUGUGAGCAGCGUUAGUCUGAGAUUUUAGGCUUUCCUCUUUACUGGGGCACCUGCUACUCAGAGCUUGGCUCUUAAUCACUCUCAUCUGGGGCCCCCCUGCUGCUUCUAUAACCUGGACUUACUUUAGAAAGCAGAUCUGCCUGUCAAAUCCUCUCACACUUCUUUCUAAUUCAGCCCAGAUGUGACGUUUCCCUGCUUUUCCUUUCUCGCUCUAUCCCUGCCUCUCUCCCCCACCUGCUCGGUGACCUGUGGACCUCAUGCCCAGGCUCUCAUUUGAUUCGCCUUCUUCUGAGUGAAAGGGCCGUUCUUUAGCUCACUGUGUUUCUUCUUUCCUCCUUCGCGUUGCCUGUAGGGCCUGUGUUGAAAGUGUGUGCAGAAAAAGCGCCGUCCCGGUCACCCACUUUUGUUGCGCCAUCAACGUCUCAAUCAGAAGCUCUGUGCCUGUGGCCUCUGAAUAAGCCACCUCCCAUGUAGAUGGCCGAGGACCAAGGAUUCAUGCAAGCAUGGCCUGAAGACUCUCUGUCUGUGGUCCUUACAUUCAGAUUCUCACAUUCUCUGAUCACACACAAACACACUGCAGUGCCUGCCAGCACUUUUCAGUAUGGUUUGCAGCACUUUUGUGAUAGAUUCUUCUUCAAUAGACAAACUGCAAACUUAAAAAUCUUACACAAUGCUAGCAAGGAAUUUUAACUUUAAUCUUAUUGGUAUGAAAUUUUAACUUCAGCAUCAGGCCUGAAUGCAUAAUCUGGUACUUUGUGUUAGUUGUUUCAUUUUUCUUUUUUCCUCUCCCAUGCUUAAUUAUGGCAGUGCACAUGGCCAGGGCCUGAGCAGGUGCCUCUUACCCACAGUGCCAUGCUGACAAGAGCUGUCAGUCAAAGCUAAAGAGCUUGCGCCGCUUCCUUUUCGUCAGUUUAGAACCGCACGCAAUUUGAGAAAGCCAAGGCUUAAGCAUGUAGGCAAGCAGCCCCAGACUGUCAAAGGGAAUUAAGAGCAUGUGUGUGGUUUGCCUAGCUAUCUGCGAGGUGCUUGCGGGAAGCUUGCUUGCUCUUUGCUCACGAUAAAGGCUCCUACUUUGGGGACCUGCUGUGGUUAAGGCCCCGGCUGAUAGGAGCUGGCUUGGUUGUUAUUACAAUUAUCGCUCAAAUUACCAGCAUCAUUACAGUUGCAGGCUGAUUCCUUCCCUGCAAUAGGGUUCAGCAAAAAAAUUAAGCAGGGGAUAAAAAAGAUUAAAAAAAUGUUCUGUAGCUAAAAUCACCUGACAGCCUACAUGCAUAUGAAAAACAUGUACAUAAUUGGGGCAUGGCGAUGCUUCUUUCAAGCUUCUGUGAACCACUUGUCCUUCUCAUCAACCCAGCUUUGUUUGCCACUUCAGCGUACAAAUGCCCGUCAGUGAGAGGCAAGCAAAAGAAUUAAUGAAAAGCACAUCUCUAUACUGUUCACACACUCUCCUCUAUAUGUUACACACAAGCCAGUUUGAUGGACAGAAUUAUGCAUGCUAAUGGAACGGUCCAGGCACAGUCUCUGAGGAGCACAGAAAGAGACGCCCCCGUUGUUAUUCUUAUACCUGACCUGGAGGGCAUUGUCAAGCGGCGCAGAAACAGCUGGCCCUAAAAAAGGAGUGCAUAAUCAACUAAAACAAUCAAAGAUAGGCACGCUGGUGUGGCGACGCAGGUCCCUGAUCAGGCUGCUAGGGCUGGGGGAGAGGCGUCUGCUGCCAUGCCUGUGAAAACACAAGAAAGAGUGGGAAAGCGGGUCAGCGAGUCAGGGUUAUUAAACUCUACUGUGCUACUGAGUGCCACUGAUAGGAGAAGGCUGUGAACUAUUAGAGAGAAAAAAGGUAGGAGAGAAGACCCCAGAAAUCACUUCAAAUACCUGACGACUAUCAAAAAAAAAAAAAAAAAGAUUAUUUUGUAUGCAUGUGUUAUUUAUUUUCAUGUAUUUUGAUGGAUUUUGUUGUAAAUAUACUAUUACUGUGUAUACUAUUACUGUGAAUAUUACUGUGUAGUUAGACUAAAUAUAUAAUCAAAAAGUAAAUUUCCAGGAAUUAAAUGCUGAAUACCACUAGACAAUAUCUGUAAUGGCAACAUCUGCAUCUUUUUAAAUGAUAAACCUCACUGACAAAUGGGAUACUAAUUUGCUGAUCCUGGUCUGUGUAACACUAUGUCUGAAAUGGUUAAACAGUUUGUAUUCCAUUAACCUUUAGAUUUAAAGAAACAGAUUUCCUGCUUUUUACCUAUUAUUGUUGGGUUUGCUCUGAUUUUGAUUAUACGCACUGAUAUUAAAAGAACGCAGACGUGCACACACAUGAGGAUGUAGACAUUGAGGUUGCAGUCACAUGGGACAGAAGUGGCUCUACAGAUGAUUAUACUCACUGAACAAUAAGUCACUUUUUUGCUCCUGUAUAGUCCGUUUUACUGAGAACUCCACAGCUCUCACAAAGUUAAUUCCAAUGUGUAUACCAGUGAUAUUUAUAUCAGGAUUAUCCGAGUGCGUUUUUAUUGCUCCACAAUGUAGGAAAACAGUUUGGGGCAAAAAAAGAAAGAAAAUUUGAUAAAACCAUCAAAAGCUGGACAGUUUCUUUGAUAGCCGGACAGCUGGGCAUGAGCCGUGGGGAAGCAGGCUGGGGCGAUCUAAAAUAGAUGAGUAAAUAAAGGAAAGAGUGGUAGUGGAACAGCAGUGAGAAGAUGUGUGUAGGUGGCCUGGCCAAGACUUCCUUACAGCCACUGCUCAGGCCGUGGGAGGAGAAGGCUCUUCGGCAUACUUCGGCCCCCGGCAUACUUCAAACAUACUUCGGCCCCCCCACUUGUCCUUUCUGUCUGUCCUCUAGCUACAACAACAUGCAUGGCUUUUUGAAAACUUAUUCCAGGGCUGAGCAGCUGACCACAUCCUUGGAAGACCUCACAAGAUAAAUAACUGAAUUCUCAAUAGUCCUCAGGUUUCCGCAGCUGUUCUACUCUCUUAGUAAUCUAUUUAUUCGCCUGAUGUUCACAGGCCAAUGCCGAAAUGCACUUUCAAUGAGCGGUACACUUGGAGAAAAUUUGUUAUGAACUAUGCAGUUUUUCCAUUAGUUAUUUAGUAUAUUAUUUUGUAUUUACACCCCAGUGAUAUGUAAUCAGCACGUCACAAGCCGACAUCAUUAACCGCUCGCUUCUCUAUUUUACCCCCCAUUUUAACAUUGGAAACCACAGUUAAAAUAUCCGUAAAUAUCUGGUCGACCCAUCAAUAAUCUCUGCCCUAACUAAACUGCAGGAACUCCGAGGUGACGUUUACCACCAGUAGGUGGCAGUGUGGCACCACAUACAGCAGGAGCAUGGCUCACUUGGCGGAGGCAGGUAGGAGCCUCCUCCUCACAUUUAAUUAGACAGAAACAGACACUUCCAUGUUCACUCUUCAGCUGAUAUCUCUUUACAUUUUUUCACUUCUCUUCUGGUAACUUUUAAAGAAGUCCUAAAAAAAAAUGAAGUGCAUUCAGUGUGACAAGUCAUGGGCCAAGAUGAAGUGUUUAAGCCCUCUGAAAAAUGCUAAUAAUUAGAAAGCAAAAUGUAAGAGGUAAUUUAUGAAAUUAUGACCAGAAGACUGGAAUAUAUAAGAUAAGCGAGAAUUGUUUGUAAAAAAAAAUUUGAUAGAAACAAUGGCAUAAAAUGUAAAAUAGAUGGCCGACAUCUCCUAAAAAGAAAUGAUCAUGAACUUCUCACUCACUGAUUAAAAUGGUUUAUCCAGCACAAUUAUGGAUUUUUUUAGAAGUGGUUUAUACACAACAUGGCAUGAAAGGAAACAGCUGGGAUGCCAUGCUAUGCUAAACUAAAUGGAGCCUUGUUCACAUGGUGCACGUGGGCUAAACAACGCACUGCGGAUAUGAAACAGAGAGAUAGAGAGAAAGAAAACCCAGUGAACGUGUGACUCUGAAGCUUGGUGUUACAAUAACCCACGCAAUUCUUAUUAAAGGCAUAAAGCCACUGCAUGCAAAUUAAUAACUAGCCUGUGAAGGGCUAGCUAAUGACCUCAGACCAAAUACAACACACACACACGUGCACACGCACACGCGCGCACACACACACACACAUACACAAUAUCAACUUUUUUUUUUUUCAGUGAACUAAAAACAGCCUACUUUUUAUCCAUAGUAAAGGCCUGAGUCAGAUUCGCUUACUUCCAGUCUUUUAUUUUGUUCAGAUGGACGGAGGGGAUGAGCAGACAGGACUGGGACACGGCCUUCUCUUUUCACAUUAAUUACAGAAAGGAUCAAUUAACAGCGACGAAACCCAUGGCGGCAUACUGACUAGCUGAUAGUCCAAUCAAGCCUUGAAAUGCAGAGCAGUCGGCAUGUCUGACGUUCCUCUCUCUUUUUUAUCUCUCCAAACUUAAUUGCAAUUUUCCAGAGAAGAAUGACGUGAUGGAAACGACUGGACCGAAUUAGCAUCAUAUGAAUAAGUAUGUACAUGCUAUUGGCAAAACAUUUGCCUUCGUUCAUUUGUGAUUUGAGCAUUAGAGUGUGUCCAGUGCUGUAUUUGGUGCAUGCAAAGGGAAAUAUUAUGUGAGAUGAACAGGGCCUCUUCAUUUCUUCAGCUAUUCUUCCUCCCGCUUUUACAUCUUUAUGCCCACCUUUAUCAUGGAAAUUUGGAACAGAGGCUAUUAGCAACAUGAACGGUAGCUUUUGCUGAGUCGCCAAACAUCUUGGACGAAGACAAUUUGUGCCUCGCGGUCCAAUCAUGGGUUUCACAAUACAGAGAAUACAUUUGCAUGUUAUGACUUCAUAUUUAUUAUCUUUUACUAUACAGUAAAAACAAGCAUCUUUACUUUAUUAAUAAGGAUUAAUAGUGAUUUUAAACAAUAAUUACACAAGUCUGUUUUUUGAAGACAUAGCAAAGAAAAACUGGAAUACACUGUGUAUAUAGCUGGAAUGGUAAAAAUCUUUUCUGUUUAAUUUAUAUUUGCAGACGAAUAUUUUAAUUAUUAGAUACAAUUACCAAUUACUACAUACAAAGUGUCAGCAUUUGGUCUUUGAUAUACCAGGAACCAGUGUACUACUAUAUAUGAUCAAGAUUAGCUGAAGACCAGCUCUGGUCAGCUUGAAUGGAGGACAUCAGUGUGACAGCAUACGUUGCUGUGGUCUGCAGGACAUGUAGCCAUAUUUGCUUGUUUUUAAUAAUUCAUCCAGUUAUUUUAACUAUAUUAGCAAAGAUUAAACACAGCGGCGUUACUCAUUACUUUGGGAACACAGCCCGGCAAAAGCUCAUUUCCUGUGGAGGGAAACUGACUAACCCCCGAUUGACCUUCUGAUAUUUCUAUUACCAUGGCCCCAUGUUUAAGGCAAGCUUUAGAAAGCCAGCUCCAGCACCAUAAACAUGAACGACAAGACAAGCUUUUUAAACGUUUUCCUGUUUAGAUUCCAGAACUAAGCAAGGAGAUCUUAGGAUGCAUUUUUAUAUGAGAAAUUGUAUAAAUACAAAAUACAAAGUAGUAAACUGAUUUGCUUUUGACUUCUAUUUUUGAUAAAUGGGAAGAAAUCAGUCUAUCUAUCUAUCUAUCUAUCUAUCUAUCUAUCUUAUACUUAUACUUGAAUGUUGGAUUUGAAUUAUUAUCAUAUCAUUCUCAUCAUACACACAUACA